ACAACAAGGAUAAAACCAAAAUGUCGAAAUCUGACAAUCAUCCACACAAAGAGAAGAAAACAGAUCCAUCAGCUAUGAAGAAACAAUCUGAGAAAGAGAGAGAAGAGGAGGCAGUGAUUGCUGCUGGUGUCAAAAAACUCACUAUUAAGGGCGAAACUUCUAGUAAUCAUUCAAAGAAAAUUGAGAUAACAGAUCCCUCUGCCCCGAAGAAACAAUCUGAGAAGGAGGAAAAAAAUGAGGCAGGACCUUCCAGCAAUGACAACCUUCCUCCUGAACCCAGUGUUGAGGAGUCAACACCAUCAUCAGACAGAGAUAAAAUCAAAGUCAAAUUUUUGAUCAAUGUCCCAUUGGGUGUUACACCUGAGAUGAGUGAAAGCAAGGAAUCACAUUGCCAGACAUUUCUUGAUCUUCUAAGGAGAAAAGCUUUCAAGCCAGAAGAUGAAUUUCGUUAUAAUGAUAUUGCUGUCGUUUUCGGCAUCAAUGGAAAGGAGUCAGAUGAAGCUGCUAUAAAAAGGGAAUCAGAAAAGAUAUCUACAUCCGAAAUUGCUUUUAAAAAGUUCUUCUUUACAUGGGAAGAAAAAAAAGAAACAAGCAAAAAUAAAACACCCCCAUAUCGAAAAAUCAGAGAAAGAAUUAAAGAACAUAAACACACCAGGGAUUUUGUUAAACAAUUUAGGAAAGACAACCUUGAAUGUAUAAUCUAUUUCUGCUUUUUUGACGCAGACACAGUCGAUUUUAAUCAUGUGUUGAGCUCUUACAUAGAUGUAAUCCACGAGCACAAGUACCCAACAGUGAUGUCAACUGGUUAUGUGUUCCCUGAGGGCAGUGAGAACAGAGAAAACAGUGAACGUGAUCGACAGGUGCGGAUAAAAACAGCUGAGCACUUUCCUCUGGGCACUUACUACCCAGAGCCAAACUUUUGUGUGUUUCUACCUCUUGGAGAAGACACUCUUCCUGAGAAGUUUGAUUGUAAAAAAAGAGAUUCUGCAAACAACAUGGAAUCUCCUAACUUGAUAACUCAAGUUAAAAAACGUUGCAAAGCUGUGUUUGUAGACAAAACUCCAGUUGUUACUAGGGAUUCAAAAAAGGGUCAGUAUCACACUAAUCCAAGGACCUGGGCAAUUAGUGCUUAUGCACACAAAGAGCUUGAACUUACUGACGAAUAUAUUCAUGAGAAAAUAGAAAAAAAAAGAAAAGAAAAACUAAAACAGACACCAAAAGACAAGACACCAAAAGACGAAAAACCAAAAGAAGACAAAACAACAAAAGAAGAAAAACCAAAAGAAGACGAAACACCAAAAGAAGACAAAACACCAAAAGAAGAAAAACCAAAAGAAGACGAAACACCAAAAGAAGACGAAACACCAAAAGAAGAAAAACCAAAAGAAGACGAAACACCAAAAGAAGACGAAACACCAAAAGAAGAAAAACCAAAAGACAAAACACCAACAGAAGACGAAACACCAAAAGAAAACGAAACACCAAAAGAAAAUGAAACAUCAAAAGAAGAAAAACCAAAAGAAGACAAAACAACAAAAGAAGAAAAACCAAAAGAAGACAAAACACCAAAAGAAGACAAAACACCAAAAGAAGAAAAACCAAAAGAAGACGAAACACCAAAAGAAGACAAAACACCAAAAGAAGAAAAACCAAAAGAAGACAAAACACCAAAAGAAGACGAAACACCAAAAGAAGAAAAACCAAAAGACAAAACACCAACAGAAGACGAAACACCAAAAGAAAACGAAACACCAAAAGAAAAUGAAACAUCAAAAGAAGAAAAACCAAAAGAAGACAAAACACCAAAAGAAGACAAAACACCAAAAGAAGAAAAACCAAAAGAAGACAAAACACCAAAAGAAAACGAAACACCAAAAGAUGAAGAAAAAACAAAAGAAGAAACACCAAAAGUAGACGAAACACCAAAAGAUGAAAAGCCAAAAGAAGACGAAACACCAAAAGAUGAAAAGCCAAAAGAAGACGAAACACCAAAAGACGAAAAGCCAAAAGAAGACGAAACACCAAAAGACGGCCGUGGAAGAAAUAGUGCGCAUAUUCCUUUGUUAAUGAAUCUACUAAAAAAUGCUAAGAUCACAGAAGAAGAGAAUAGAAGAUAUUUUAAGAGACCUGGUGCUGAUCUGGUAUUCCAGGCAGCUAAAGCUGUUCAGCACUUAAUGAAUGAGACACAGAUUGAGGAUCCAACUGCAGUUUAAUAGUGUCAAUCCAAAACCAUAAUCCACCAAACAGUCAAAAGUCAAAGCAGAUAAUCAGUCCACAAAGAAAUAACGGAAAACAUGAAAAAAAAACGAAGAAAACAAGGCAGAGAGGCAGUGUUACGUUAACAAAACUACAUGAACAAUGACAUAAGAGAAAUAAGGAGACAGAAAGUAGGUCGAAGUAGGCAAAGGUUGAUCAUUGACAUUGACCAAGCAAAGGGAAAUGGAGUCCAUGUUUAAUAACAAAGGUAUGGGAUGUUGUGCCCUCUUGUGGUUGAUUUCAAGCCAACAUUUGUGCAGUAUAAUGUCUGUGGUGCCCCUAUAUGCUCAUUGAAGGGGUGGGUCCCGUGGCUCCAUCUUGCUUCAAACAUGUGUGGAUCUGACAAAAAAUUUAAUCAAUUAUAAAUCAACAUUUAUCCUUCAAUAAUAAAAAUGAAUUAAAUAUGAUUAAGAUCUGAUCAGUACCUUUUGUGAUAAUGUUAUAAAUAUUAUUGAGUGUUACUAGAAUACCUAGUUUGUUUUCCAAAAAUUCUUAGGACAUAAGUUCUUUCAUUGUUGUCAUGACUGUAUGAAAUAGACCUAGACGGGUGUAUUGACAUGUAAAAACGUGCACAGGCUCUUUCCUUUAUUUACAGUGCCAUCAGAAUAUUUAUCUUUAAAUGUAGAUUAAACUUCUGAAAGUGAGAAGGUGUUUUAUCAUGACGUUUUGAGAACAUUCUGCCGAUCAGAGAGAAACACAUGUGUACUUAUGUAAUGACAGAUGAGUUGUUUCUGUUAUCAUUAAUAUUACUGUACAGAUGUAACAGCAGGUCGGCCUGUGGAACUCCUCGUGAGUGCUGAAGCUGACUUCUGCUUGUGUUUCUUCAGUAAAUGUUGUUUGAUCAUCUUCA